UCCUAUGUUCUCUGGUUACUAUAUGCGUCCGAGGCUGUGUCAGUGUAUUUCAGUAGUGAUGUGGAACUUUUCAAUAGUCAAAAUAUGACGAAAAUAAGCAACUCAAUGAACAUUAUUUUGGCCUUUGCUAUUAUUAUAAUUGCUGCAAUCUCAGGAUGCAUAUCCAGCAUUUCAGACAAACAAUUAUGUUACGACCCCAACUGUUCUGUACCUGUUGGACGUGGACGAACUGUAAUAAAAUACCAAAGUAUUGAACCAGGUAUGGUUUCAUUUGAUAUCAAUGCAGAUGUCACAAUUUACAGUAAAUCAGCUGGAAAAAGGAAGGAUUUAUGGGGUGUUGAGGUUCAUGGUGUACGAGGAUAUAUGUCAAACAAAUUUCUUAGAGAGGAAAAAGUUUUCCACCGAAAUUUGACGUUUGAAGUGCCUACUAAUCCCAAUACAAACAAUUUGUCAAAAGACAACUUGUCAGACUUGGAAAAACCAAAAGAGAGUGAUGCAAUUAGUUCUACUUCUGCUACUAGUAGCCAAUCAAUUGACUUGAAAUUGAAUGCAAAAGUGUUAGAGUCUUCUAAUGAGAAUUUGGAACCAACGGUGCCUGACCCAACAAAAGUAAUUCCACCAUAUGAGGUAAUAGAUGGCACAACUAUCCCUUUGACACCAAAAGAAAUGCACGAUGAACAAAGCUAUGCAUCAAAGGUUAUGGAAAAGGAAGCAGUGCAGGAUGAGCAACCUAUUCUUAGUAUUCAUCCAAAUAUAGCUCCAAAUUCCCUGCCAUUUAUUUCUAGUUUAUCAAAGAAUAAGAAUGCAGAUAAAACUGGUAAUUUAAAAACUGAAGCAGAUUUUCCCAAUAUGUCAGCAGAUGAUACUCUUAAUGAGUCGCUAAAUUCAGGCGAGAUUUUGGGUGUGGAUCCCACUAAGGUCCCUGAUAUUCAUGAAAGCGAAAUUUUAGAUAAGGGAUUGAUAGAAGAUAAUAAAGUUGAUAUCUCUAAUGAGAGUAUUGAAACAUCUGAAGAAGUACAAGAAACUCAUUCCAAUAAUAAGGAGCAGAAAUCAGAAAAUGUUAAGCUGCAAGAACCAGGUAUAUUGAAAACAGUUGCUAAUGGCUCCUCCAAAACAAGUAGCGAGUCAUUAAAAAAACCAGAGGAGAUCCCACAAGGUCUAAAUAACGUUAAUGCAAAUGAGAAAACAGGAGAGCCAGUCUCUGCCGAAAUGCAAAAAAAUAAUGUUAAUAAUAAUGAAAAUGCUACGGCUCACCAAGAGAAUUCCAACGUGGAGGAACCUUCCAAAAAUGUGUCCGCAUCUGAAUUAAAUUCCGCUUCUUCCGAGAAUGGAGAAACACUUGCCAAUAAUGUGCCUUCUUCCGAAGUCUCUGCAAAGAGCGAGAAUAGCGAGGACAAGCAGAAUUAUGAAGAAUCGCCUUUAAAAAAGUCUGACGAGAGUGUCAUCUCAGAAGAUGCUGCUGAUAAAAGUAAAGUCGCAGUAGAUAGAAUACUGGGUACCAUUAACGAUAUCGUAGUCAGAUCAAAAAAUAUUAAGGAGCUAACUUCGGAAGAAGUUGAUAAGAAAGAUCCAAGCCCUAUUGCAGAUACCAAUAAGGUCCUUCAACAAAACAUGCAGAAAGAGACAUCCUCAAAUUUGUCAAAAGAUUUUAAGGAAGACUCUGAUAGUUUACAAGAAAAUACAACCAACAGUGUAGCCUCUGAAGCUUUGCUAGCCUCCAAUUUUGUAGAAAUAAAUGCAACGAAUAAUGAAAGUGUACAGAACGAAGAUAUAACUCAAAGGACUGAUGUUGUGGAACUUAACCUAUAUGACACUCCGAAAUUUGAAGAGGAGAAUACUUUUAAUCACUCUGAAGUACACGAGCAUGGCCAAAAUGAAAUUGUAAAUAAUAAUGAAAUUAGUAAUGAUAGUUUAAGUAAUGAGAGUGAUAGAGUGUUGGAUACACUUGAGGAAACCCAUAAUACUGUGACAAAUGAUAACACACAAGCUGAUAUCCUUCAAGAAGAUGUGACAUUAAAUUCCAAUUAUCUUAAUAUAAUCUCAGAGAAGACUUCUAAUUUCAAUGAAUUACCAUUGAAUAGAAACCUAUUGAAUGUUGAUGAUAGUCAACAAUAUGAAACCUAUGGGUCUCAAAUGAAUAAUGAUGCUAUUGGUACAACUGAUCAAUUAAAAAUUGCAACCUUACCUGAAUAUGCAAGCAACAUACAUAAUGAGGAUAAGGUCCUGCCUGAAAAUGUUGAUACCGAUAAGCCCAUUGAAUCGUCACAAUUUCCAUCGGGGAGUGUUGCAUUGAAGAAAGAGGACUUGACGCAACAAGUAUGCACUGCAGACUACGAUUGUACCAAAGACGAAAAUGUGUAUAGCAACCCCUACUCGCAGAAGGAAAAAGAGUUUUACGAAAAUCAAGAAAGCGCCAUUAUGUUCUCAUCAAAAAUGACACGUAGUUAUUGGGAGACCUUGAUGUACGUUUGCUUAACAGCAUUUACCACGCUCUUAUUCUCUCUUGGAUAUUAUUAUAUUGAGAACACAAGGCGAGAUGGACAGUUGAUAGGAAGAAUUAAUCAACUUGAAAAAGAAUUGUUAGUAGCGACAAAAGAAUGUAUAAUGUUAGACGAUAAUCUGAAGUCUGUCAAAAAUAAAUUGAACUCUAUCGAAGAUGAAUCGUUUGGUUCCAACGAGAUGGUCGCAUCGUUAAAAGCAGAUCUAACAGCAUCUCAGGCUGUGAAUGCAGAACAGCAAAAUCAAAUUGCAGCGUUAGAAAAGGAUUUAGAAAGCGCCACUGAAGCAGGAUUAGAGUUGGAACGUAUGUUGCGCGAAUUUCUUGAUUCGGAUAACGUGGAUAAUCCUUUGGCUCAAUCUGUUGAGAAUUUGCAAACGCGACUUAAUGAGCAACAGGCAACUAAUGAGUCUUUGAUCAGCACCCUUAAUUUGAAGACUCAAGAGCAUGAAUUUGAUAAACUUGAGAACGAAGCUUUAGUGGCAGAUUUUUCAGCUACUACAGAAAAGUGUCAGCAAUUAGAAGUGGAAGUAACUCGACUUACAGAAGAACUUUCAACACAAAUACAGCUUCAGCAGAAUAUCGAAAGGACACUUUCAGAGAAAGUGCAACAUCUAGAAUUCCAAAUUAAAGAAAUUUCGAUCGAGAGAUCGGAAUUGCGUAAACAGCUUAAAAGCAAAGAAAUGGAAGUGAAGGACCUUCUAGAAGUAGUAAAUCAAGUGAAGUCCAAUAAUUUGGACUUAGAUAAGUUGUAUAACGUGUCUUGCAUUAAGGCCGAGGCGACACAACUUCUUGAAGAAAGGGAUGAACUUAAAAUUAAAUUGAGUGAAGUGGAAGGCGCUCAUCACUUGCUUGAAGAGCACAUGAAACUUAUUAAAGAAGAAAUAGGUUCUCUCGUCCAGCAAUGCAGAUUGGCCGAGAAGGAGAAAAAAGAUGCAGAAACACGCCUCGAAGUUUUGUCGAAGUUCUUCGAGGAUAAGGAAGCUCAACGACAAAAGGAAGAGGCUGUUUGGUUACAGAAGCAAGGCGAGGUUUCAUCAACAGUCGAAAGAAUACAUACUAUGCAAAAGGAAAUUCACAAUUACAAACAACAAAUAGAAAUGCUGAAGAGAGAAAUAUUAGAUCAGGAGAGGGAAUAUAAGAAUCAAAUAUCAGCUCUCGAAACGAAAUCACACGAGCAAUGGGUAAUUGCUCGGCAAUGCGAGCGUCGUCUGGAAGAAUCAAAGGCGGAGGCAAGUCAACUACGUAAUCGACUUACUCUUGUUGAGAAAAGUAUCAACGAUUCUGAUCCAGACUCAAAACUCCAUCGCCUGGAGACAAAUGGGGAGACCGCAGCGUCACCUCCAUUAUUCAUUGGAGCAGAGUCAUCAAGUUCCCCUCUAAUGUUUACCGGUUCUUCAGGUGUUCCGCCUCCUCCACCGCCUCCUUAUAUGUAUGGUGCGCCACUGCCCCUGUUCCUGUCACCACCGAUGCAUUCCGGUUCCGGUAUGUCCUCUUACGAAGUUGGUCAAAGGCCACCACCUCUUGGUGGACGAUUACCAUCACCACCGCCAUUGUUACUUUCAUCACACAACUCUGGCGGUAGGUAUAACAAUGCCAAUUCACCACCGCCUCCAAUGUCUCCUCCCUUGCUUCCACCUUAUUCUCAUCAUCGGUCACCUCUGCCACCAUUCUUAAAUCAAGUCCAUCCGCCCCUUCCGCCUCCAUCUCUAAUUCCUCCGCCCUUGGGAACGCAUUCGUGGGGGGAAGAUACGAUGCAGCAUCAGCGGCACCCUGGCUACGAUCCUCGAACAAAACCAGCCCAUGUGCGAAAUCAUAAAGGUUCUUUACACUCUUCAGGAGAGUCGUUGGACAAGACACACCAUAGUGGCAAAGCCUAGAUUUUUUAUUCUAUAUAAUAUUCUAGGUUGAGGAACAGAACCAAUAACUUAAUCAUUUCAUUGUAUAACAGUUUUCGAAUGGAUAAAAUGAAAGUGUAUUCGGCAUCGUCUUAAUGCUGUACCAGUAAUACUUGUACUGGAAUAACUUCCAUUUUCUGUGGUAUUGUUGUACUAUAUUUCCAUGUUUAACAUUCGGUAUAAGUUAUGUGCAUAAAAGUAUAGUCUAACUAUUUUAUAAGUACCGAGGUUUGUCAAUCGAAUUCCCAACGGUAAUUGCUGUGAAUUCUUUUUUAAAGCUGCUUACUAUGACGAAUUAUCAGAAAACAUGUUAUACACUGAAAUGUUUUAAACUCGCUAUACAGAGAACUAUACGAAAUUGACUACAGUGCUGGAUUAUUCUGUAGUAAAGCAUUUAAAGAAAGGGUCGAUGUUCUUUUUUUUUAAUGAUGCAAACAGCGAACGAAAUUGUAAUAUGUCGUGUAAUAAUAAACCUUUAACGAACUGUAAUUGUUAUAUAUAGUAUUAAUGAAUCAGAAUAAAUUGUAAUUUAUUACUA